UGAUGACGUCAGACGUACAGCGCAGGAGAUGGCGCAUGUGCAGAGCUCUCUCCUGGCAGCCGCUUAAAUCUGUUUGUGGACUCCCCGGCUCCCGGUCAUGGACGGCCUCGGGGACUGCGAGUUCCUGGUGCAGAGGGCGCGCGAGCUGGUACAGGAGGACACGUGCGCGGCACGAGCCUGGCUGAUCACCGCCCGCACCUUGUACCCCCAGGACUUCAAUAUCCAGUAUGCGAUGUACAGUAUUGAAAGGAAUGCAGAACGAACAGCUUCAGCUGGGAGACAGUUGUAUGACAUGUUUGUGAACUUCAACGACCAGCCAGUGGUUUGGAGGGAAAUAAGUGUGAUUACAGCAGCACUCCGAAAUGAUUCACAGGAUAAGCAGACACAGUUUUUAAGAGGUCUGUUCGAGGCUCUUCCUGGCCGUGUACAGUGUGAGAUGUUGCUGAAAGCUACAGAACAAUGUUUUAAUACACUGGAAAGGGCAGAAAUGCUGCUUCUACUGCUGAGGCGUUUCCCUGAAACGGUGGUACAGCAUGGGGUUAGCUUGGGUGAAACGCUGCUGGAAGCGGAGAGUCUUGAGGACCAAGAGUCUCCUGUAAACUGUUUUAGAAAAUUGUUUGUUUGUGAUGUUUUGCCCCUUAUUAUUAACAACCUGGAUGUACGGCUGCCUGCCAGCCUGUUAUACAAAUAUCUCAACAAAGCUGCAGAGUUUUACAUCAAUUAUGUGACUCGGUCUCCCCAGGCAGAUAACCAGCAUCCAGGUACACAGGACACGUCCGAUCUACUAUCUCCCACAAAACGUAACUCCCAAAAAUACAUCAUUGAGGGUCUGACUGAGAAGUCCUCACAGAUACUGGACCCCUGGGAUCGGCUGUUUAAGAUCCUUUCUGUUGUUGGAAUGAGAUGUGAAUGGCAGAUGGACAAGGGAACCAGGAAUUUUAAUGACCUAUUUCACCGUGUGAAAGAACUGUGCCGUUAUAUCAGCAACUUUGAUAAUGAAGCUCAUGCAAAAUACAAGAAUCAGGUUGUCUAUUCCACUACACUUGUUUUCUUCAAAAGCGUCGUCCAGUACAUAAGUGCCAUUCAGCCCUCCCUCUUCCAAGGACCAAACACUCCAAGUCAAGUGCCCAUUGUCCUGCUGGAGGACAUUCCGAAUGUCUUCAGUGAAGUUGAGGUUGCUACUGGAAAGCACAUUCACAAAAGAAGAAAACUUGCGGAGAACAGAGAGAAAACAAUGAGUUCUGAUGACGAAGACUUGUCUGGAAGAGGUCGAAAUCGUCACGUGGUAGUUAAUAAAAAUGAUCUUGCAAACCCUAGUGAAGUCCUUGAGAGCUUUAAGAUGGCGAGAGAGUGUUGGGAUCUUCUACACUCUUCAGAUGCUCUUGACAAAGAGUUCUCCAGGAUUUGCUUACCAUGGAAGACAGACACCUGGCUCUGGCUAAGGAUAUUCCUCACAGAUAUGGUUAUCUAUCAGGGGCAACAUAAGAAAGCGAUAAAUAGCCUUCACCUCAUGGCAGCUCUGCAGGGACCCCUCUCACCACCACAGCAGAUGAUGAGCCAGGGAACCCUAGAGCAGCAGCGGUCUCUGAUCCAGCUUGCGGCUUGUCACUUUGCCCUCGGAGAGUACAAGCUGACAUGUGAGAAAGUCCUGGAGCUAAUGACCUUUAUUGUGCCUCCUCCACAUGAGGUUUCCAGGACAAGAGAAGAACAGUCAAAAGUGAAAACUAAAUUUCGAAAAGGCUCUGACCUGAAGCUAUUGCCUUGUACUAGUAAAUUCAUAAUGCCUUAUUGCCUACAUCUGUUGCUGGCAAGUAUAAAGCUCCGGGCCUUCUCUGAUAAUAGGGAUGACAUGGUCCUGGGCCAUUUUAUUGUGUUGCUACAACAUGACUGGCCCAAAGGAGAGAACCUGUUCUUGAAGGCUAUAGGAAGGAUCUGUCAGCAAGGAAACUUCCAGUAUGAAAACUUCUUCAACUAUGUAACAAACAUUGAUAUGCUUGAAGAAUUUGCUUAUUUAAGGACAGCAGAAGGGGGUAAGAUUCACUUGGAAUUAAUCCCCAAUCAAGGAGUGCUACUCAAGAACUCUAGCACUACCCUGGGGUUGCUGCAGCAGGAAUUCAUGCCUGUCCUACAGGCCAGCAUAGUAACCAGUGACAGACAUCACACAGUGACCCGAGGCAUUACUAAAGGAGUGAAAGAAGACUUCAGACUGGCUAUGGAACGGCAGAUCUCCAGCUGCACAGAGAACCUCAUGGCUGUCCUGCAUCGCUUCUGUAUGAAUGAACAAAUUUUACUGCUGCAAUGUUUGUCUUAACACCAAUGAAGGCAGGGCAUAUCUAUUCCAAAUUCUAUUACUAUGCCUGUCAACAAAGCGGCAAUAAUGUAGUGAGAUGAUUAACUGCUUUGUAUUGUAAAUAGUGGGAGAUGUACUGUAGUUACAUUGAAUGAAAUAUUUAUGAAUUGCUGUUUUUUGGACAUACAAAAAAUGAAUUUGUAUUUUUGGCAACAGUAUUUCAGUGUUGUAAAUAAAAGCUAAUUGUGUCGUC